AUGGCACCCGUCUCAGCGUCCUUUUGGGACUCAAUCGACUUGAACCAGCCAACAUUCUGGAUUUCCGCCGCCUCCAUCAUCUUCAACCCCACUUUCUGGAAUCUGGCAGCACGAAGCGAAUACCGCAACAAAACGAUCACGAAACUCGCCGGCGGCAAACCCCUCUAUGGCUGCUACGCCCUCGCCGUCACCAUCUUCUCGAUCGGCAUCAUCCGCGACGCCCUCUACGAACGAGCUCUCCGCAAUCAACCCUCUCACCCACUGCUUGAAGGUUUCCUACCUCAAGCGUUCGCCGUGGGCCUCGUAGCGAGCGGCAAUGUUCUCGUGUUGACGAGUAUGUGGGCUUUGGGGAUCACGGGGACAUAUUUGGGAGAUUAUUUUGGAAUUCUGAUGGAUGAGAUUGUCACAGGGUUUCCCUUCAAUGUCAGUGGGAGCCCGAUGUACUAUGGGAGUACGAUGAGUUUUGUGGGGACGGCGUUGUGGUUUGGGAAACCUGCCGGGUUGGUGUUGAGUGCGUUGGUUUUGGUGGUGUAUCAGAUUGCGUUGAGGUUUGAAGAUCCGUUCACCGCGGAGAUUUAUAAGAAGAGGGAGAGGGAGCAGAAGAAGAAGGGAUAGGUGGGUAGCGAGACGAGGUGGAUGAGGCGAGGGAGUGAGGUGAAGACGUCGGAGGGAGAGAGAGAGAGAAAAAUGCCGAGGAUUGAAAGCAAGAAAGAUGAGAUACCCCUUGAGCAUUCGAAAGCUCGAUUCAACAUGAGCGAUGGCGUUUGGCGUGUAUAGAAGAAAGAAGUUAAAAGCAAGAUGAUGCAUAGGUAACCACAGCUGUUGAAAUCGAAGGCACGCAUUUUUACCUUCUAUUUCGAUGAUCGGUAUUUUGCACUCGACCCACCCACAGAUUUCCCAGCACCCGGAAGCCUGCCUCUAGCGUAUUGCACGAAGCCAACGCGCGAGCCUGGCUACACUUGAGAAUACCCAGACUUUGGGCCAAAUGCGAGCUCCAGGCUUCCUAACCAGGUUUGCAUAGACCUCCUCAAACUGUAUAGGUAGCUUGCUGGAUUGGUGGCCAUCAAUUUGCGCGCGCUUUGGGCAUUCUUCUCGACCGUAUCCGAAAAGUCCAGAGUACAUGUAGCCCGCAAUGGACCAAUGUCGACGUGAUUCUUGGCGGCAUAUUUGCCAUGUUCAUGAUGAUACCUUACUGAACUUCCAUACCCAAGAGGACCACAGUAGGUAGGUACAUGUACUGUACCCACCUAGUGUAAGGUAGUCAUCUUGGAUAUAGGUACAGGGUAAGGUAAGGUACCUAUCUUAAGAGAUAGGUAUAAAAAAAUCACUUGAUGCAAAGACCCAUGGUCUCAUUCAACUUGCGAAUCGUUUCGUCAAAAUCCGUAUAUGCGGAUCGGCGCAAAAGAAGAUCUUCUUUUUUCACUGGACUCAUACCAUCCCCAGAGGAGGGACUUCUCGACCACCAGACAUGCAUGCAAUUUUUCACAAUGCGAUGCUCUAAACCUCGAUACUUGGCUGCAUUAUCGAGGAAUUCCAACGUGCGAGAGAUUUCUGCGGGUUGGAAGUGUUGUUGUGGGCUGGAGUUGCGAAAGGCGGCGCGGAUGCGAUCUCGGGCAAUGUAGCGUGCGGGUUUGGAGUAUUUG